AUGGAGCACAGAGACGAUGACGAUGAUGAUGAUGAUGUGUCCUUUGCCAAGUGGAUGAGCAGUUUCUGGGGCCACAGCUGGAGAGACAAGGAUGAGAGAGGUCUCAGGGAGCACCAUCGACCACAAGAUGCCAGUUACAGGAAAGCCAGCCUGCCCUGUCCAUUUCCCGUGCUUCCCAGCAUUACAUCAUCUGACUGCUACCCUAGACGGCAUUCGCAUGAGGACCAAGAAUUCCAAAACCAUCCUCCCAUGUGGAAUUACAGAAAAUCCUCAGUGGAUGAGUCAUUCAGGAGGCCAGUGGAAUCCAAAAGAGGAUCUCAUCCCAAAAUUCAGGAAUUUUCAGAUUCCUUUGAACAGCAACUGUGCCUUAAAGCCAAACACACUGUCUCCUCGGGACCCAGGAGCAGAAAGGAGAGGAAUGGAAGACACAGCCUGAGGGCUGAAGCGAGAUCCUCUAAGAAAGUGGAGGGGGGGAGGAGCUCCAGGGAGGAGGAUCUCAGAGAGGGGCACAGGGCCCCCCUGGGUGAAAAGGGGCACGUCACAAAGGCGCAGGCCCCCGGGUGCUCCGAGCCCUAG